UUUCUAUAUCCUUCUUGGUCCUUCCAAGCUACACACAACGACCAUACUGUGGAAGGAACCCACCAGCCUGCCACCUGGCCUCCUGCCCCGACCGUCGAAGACGAAUCUGCUACCGAAAAUCAAGCCAACACCACCUCGACUACUGAACGCAACAUGUCGGGUCUUCCAAAUGGCCCACCCGCCUCUACUGAGGGCGCUGAUACACACGACGCUGAACCCGGCACUCCCAUCAACAACGGCGCCGCUGCCAACUCCGACGAGCCCAGAACUCCUGCCAACGCUGCACCUGAUGCCCUUCCCGCCGACCGUGUACAGAUUGUUCUGAAAGACCAGAGCGGCACUCAGGUUGCCUUUGGCGUCAAGUCAAACACCCGCAUGGAGAAAGUCCAAACCGCCUAUGCCGACAGAGCCGGCCGUCCUUUGGCAUCUUUGCGUUUCUAUUACGAAGGUUCUCGCGUGCUCCCUGAGGACACCGUAGCUACAAUGGAGAACGAAGACAUUAUCGAGGUCAUGACUGAGCAGAUCGGCGGCGAAGGCGGCGAGCUUGAAGACACCCCACCCGAUCAAGUUUCCGUCGUGGUUCAGGAAUGCAUAAUCGAUGGCAGAUACUGCGAAGCAGUUCACUUCAGAAUGUCCUCUCGCUCUGAGUUCGGCAAGCUCAUGAGAGCAUGGACUGAACGCUAUGGGGUCACGGGCACUGUGGCCUUCUACCAUGAGCAUCUUCUGCUUAAAGACAGACGCGAAGCUCGUCUCGAUUUAGGAGACACUGUCACCCUGACGGUCAUGCAGGAUUCAGAGACGGUCGUCCCUGUCAAUGUCGCUGAGAUGGACGGCGUCAAUGUGAAGAUUGAAACUCCUGCAAAGUCGUUCGUCCUGGUCGUUAAGUAUCUUGGCCAGGACGACGUCUCACGCGAGAUGCACUGCAAGAUGGCCCGGGACAUGUCUUUCAACAAGUUCAUCAACCUGUACGCUAAACGCUGGGACAUCGAUGCUUCGGCUCAGCGUCUGACCUUCGACGGAAUCACUGUGUUCCCUAGCGACACUCCCGCUUCGAUCGGUGCAGAGCACGGCGCCGUGCUGAACAUCGCAGAGGAUCCUAACGUCUUUGCCAUGGAUCUCACUCUCAGUUGA